AUGAAUGCUAUUUUUCUUGGAAACAAGGGUUUGCGUUUAUUUGGAUAUGCUAUUGCAGGGUCAAAUCUUUAUUUCUGGUUAGCAAUCAUUCCAAUAGCUCUUGUUCUUUUCGUUGGUGCAAAGUUGCAACAUGUAAUCGCAACUUUAGUAUUGGAGAACGCUGGGAUAACAGAAUAUGCUUCUGGUGUUAAAUUGAGACCUCGUGAUGAACUUUUCUGGUUCAAGAAACCAGAAUUACUCUUAUCCCUUAUCCACUUCAUUCAGUUUCAGAAUGCCUUUGAGCUGGCUUCGUUCUUCUGGUUUUGGUGGCAAUUUGGAUACAACUCUUGCUUCCUUAGGAAUCAUUUACUUGUCUACUUGCGAUUAAUUCUAGGGUUUGCUGGACAGUUUUUAUGUAGCUACAGCACAUUGCCACUCUAUGCACUUGUCACUCAGAUGGGAACAAAUUACAAGGCAGCGUUGUUACCUCAGAGGGUAAGAGAUACAAUAAACGGUUGGGGAAAAGCAACCAGAAGAAGAAGACGGCAUGGUUUAUAUGGAGAUGAUUCGACUAUUCGAACAGAAACAAGCACAAUCGCAUCAGUUGAAGAAUACGAUCAUCAAGUGCUUGAUGAUGUUCCUGAAACCUCUCCAGCUCAAGGUACUGAUCAUGAGCUGGAGCUUGUUAAAAACUGGGAAGCUUCUAUCACAGUAGCUAAUGAAAAUUCUAGUCGGGUUGGAACACCCCUCUUGCAACCUUGUGCGUCAACAUCGCCAACGACUUUCUCAAAGUUACAGACAGAAACCACAGAAUCACUUUCAAGGUCGUCCUCACUGCCAGUGAAAAGAUAAUAUUUGGAUGUCCGUCUUUCUUUCUCAACGCUGCUUUGCUAAACCAGCUGAGAUAACUCAGAUUUAAGAUUAGUGUGUGUGACUAUUUUUACUUUAAAUGAUAUAUGAUUUUGAGUACAGAGAUCAUGUCGUUGAACAUGGUACAGCGUAUCAAAUAGUUGUAAGAAAUCGAUUUAUACGAUAAUGUUCAAAACUUAGUGAGGCACGUCUAGUCGAACGUUCGGCCUUAUAUAUAGCGUUUUGGUUAAACGUUUUGGUUAAGAAAAUUAUGUGUAACGUUUUGGUCAAAAUAAUAUGUAACGUAAUCAACGUAGAAGAGGAUACACGAACAGUACAAGCAACAAAGCAAACACAACGCUUAUUUAGCAGACAGAAACAGCGGUGCUUGGGUUUUUGGUGGGAUCUCAGCCUCUGAACACUCUUUUUUUUAUGGGACAAAGAUGCUCUUAAUGAGAAAUAACGAAAUAAUAUUGGCGCGUACGUGGAGAAGUCAGCCAUGAGGCCCGUGACCUAAUGUACGUUCCCGUUACAAACCCAUAAAAGAAAAAGGAGAGUCAAAGAUUAGGAUCGAACUUACAAUACAAGCCACACAUAUGAUGUUCUCUUUUCUUUUUUUUU